AUGUCCGGCCAAGUCAAAAAAUGCUCCACUUUGGAAAGCGUGGCCAUUUCAGGUCUUCCGUUCGGGGCUUUCUCCAUUUCCAUUCUUCCAUCCUUCAGUUCCUUCUCUCCAGUGUUCGCGCGCACCCGCCGUGUGCUACCGGGAUACGUAGAGACAGGCAUGAGAGCAAAUCGCGCCAAUCCGAACGGCUUCCCUGACCCGGCACCAAACUUCCACUUGAGUCUUCUUCUGUCGAGCUUCGUCCAGCAAGGACCUGACCCAGUCGAUUCCCUUGCCAGUGGACCCACCUAUCGCAGAGGUGCCAUGGAUUUCAGCACCGAGGCAGGUCCCAGUGGGCGGCCGGCCGUCACGGUCCAGGGCCCCUUGAAAGGUGGUAGCGCCUGCCGUACUCCCGUUCCAGAGGUCUAACCCUUCCAUUCACUCAUUGGUGACGCCGUGGUCAGUCUGUCUCUGUGUUGAAUGUGGUGGUGUGGUGGUGGCUUUUGAGAGGCUCCUCCACCAUUGUCUUGUCUAACACACACAUUGUUUGUCUCUUUCCCCUCGUUUUUCAGUGUGGUGGUAGAUACCAGAGGUAACUACCUACCUGGACCCUCGAGCCUACCUACUUGCGACAGCGUGCUUGCUGUACACGGCAACUAUACAGACUUUCUCUCACUUCGUUGGACCCUUCAACCUAGGUUACCGCGGCCAUCUGUUCAGGCCUUGACGUCCAUUCAUUAUUCAGAUAGAUCAUCCUUGAAUCGAACGAGGUCGCCAUUGAGGGUUGAGCAAGCUACCCACGCCGGCGACACUUGCUCGAAUCUGUUUGGCAGCGAUCCCCUCGCCUAUCGAACCGAGCAACAACAGCGGUGUCUCUGUUUCCACCCCAGUGUCCGCCACAGCCGUGUCGGCAGUCUGGAGUCUGUACACUACGUACAGCAAAGGGAGAGUCGGAUCCCUUCGUCCCUCGCAGGUACGGAUUCGGUUGUGCAUAGAGUGGCCCCAGGUUCUGGUCACUCACUCGUCAGCGGUCCCCAGCUCCGGCUUGCAGGUUCAGGUUCAAGCUGUCUCGUUCACCUCCACCACCCAAAAGCGGCCAAGUCCCCCAAAGAGG